AGAAGGAGGUUUUAAAAGCAAUUGUUAUUGAAACAUUUCCACUUCAGUCCAGGGAGGUGCAGUUGAGGUUGGAUAUCGAGAGCUACGAGGAACAAGAGAAGAAACACACAGACAGAGCUAAAGGAGAUGGCAGUGCAUAAGGAAGAAAACAAUCUACAUCAGUUAACCUCUGUGCCCAUUAAACCUAGACAAAGAGCUGUGAAUUUUCCUCUGUAAGUGCAGAAGCUGAAUCUCUCUCUCUUCAUUUUGUUGCUGGGAAAUAUCCUCACCUUUGCGUUGGUGCCGAGGUGCCAGUAUGAUGAACACAAGUGCAUUUAGCCAGCCAGGAAUUGUGCUUCUUCUGGUGACAUGUCCACUGCUAAGUGUUCUGCGUGGAGUUACCUGUAAGGCUGAGAGUGGACACCUUGGGGACUCCGACCCUGACAGAUGUAUGAGGCAUCAUUUUGUGGAGACCAUCACACAUCCCAUCUACAAGUGUAACUCCAAGAUGGUGCUUCUGGCUCGGUGUGAAGGUCACUGCAGCCACACAUCUCGUUCAGACCCUCUGAUCUCCUUCAGCUCGGUUCUUAAGCAACCAUUUAAAAGUACAUGCUUCUGUUGCCGCCCGCAUACCUCUAAACUGAAAGCGGUGCGUCUGCGGUGUUCUGGUGGGACUCGAAUAACUGCCACCUACCGGUACAUCCUUGCCUGCAGCUGUGAGGAAUGCAACUAAAAGGUCUUGCCAAGAAGAAGGAAAUGGCUACGCCAACUUUUAUACGCGUUUUAUUGCUGUCCAUAUUAAACAAACUAUUACACGAUUCAUUAGCAGUACUGGUAUGGAUGGAGAUUAACCCAGCAGCAUAAAAAUCAAAGAAAAGGAACUUUCAUGGGUGAAUUGCACCUACGCCUGGUCCCUGCCAGUUGAUUAAUUUCUAAUGCAUUCCACUACUUUGAUCACAGCAUGCGAAAAGUUAUGGAUGCUGGCAACAACUUUGCGUUUGUGUUUUAAAAUGGACUUUAAAAUGGUAUCAUAUCCGUUCCGGCCUGGAGACAUUCCAACGCAAGUGAGAGAACUCUCGGGAAUUGUUCACAGGUUACAGAGAUGCCAAGGUGAUAUCUCUGUUGCAGCUGUUAGGCAAUGUAAUGUCAGUGCUCGGACUAGAAAUGGCCAUUUGUUGUAAGUCUGGUCAAAUAAAGCAUGCACGGUUAAGAUCAUUAUGUUGAACAGGACUGAGUUGUCAAAGAAUAUUAAAGUUCAUAAUGAAAGAAAUACCCAUGGGCAUGAUAAAAUCACAAAAGAAUGCUGCUUUUCCAUAAGUUAGCAUCAGAAUUUCAUUAGUUUACAAUAAGACAGAGCAGCCGUCUGUAAACGUCUUUGUCAUGCUUUGCUAUAAUUAUACACUUUGUGAAGUUGCACAGAGUUUGUAAUUAUGAACAACAACAAAAAAAACUGACAGCCUUGUUGACUCCACAUGUGAAUCUAAUAAAUGACUUCCUUUUGUUUGUA